AAUGCACCAGAACUGACACCAGACUCAGCGUCUUCAAUAUAAAUCCCAGAAAUCUCUCAAAGGGGAUGAUUUUAUUUCUGCUACUGUCACCUCUUUUCCUUUCAUGAUUUCAUUUCUCACCUUCUUGACCCAGAAAUUCUCAUCUUUGAAGUCAGUUUCCCCUUCAUUUGUUCACUGGUCCGAGUAUUUGUAAGGAUCACUGAGCUUCUGGUGUCUGAUUUUUUGAGGUUUUUCGUUUUGAAAUUUUCCUGAUCCCAUUUCUCUUUUUGGUUUCUGGAAAAGUUUUGUGGUAGAUUGGACCAUUUUGAUUAGUUCCUACUACUUGUUUUUCCCAUUUGGAGCGGAAAAAGGGGCCAGUUUUAGAGUACCCUGUUUCCUGCACAUUAUUUUACGUGCACUCUGCUUUUUUUCCGAGAAAAUUCCUAGAACCAUGGAGAAAAUGCAAGAAAACAAUCUCCAAUUCUCGUUCCAACAUGGUGUGGACAUCAGAUCCUCACUAUCACAGCUCCUAUUGACAAGUGGCUCCAACACCUUGGAUUCGAUUUUCUCCCACUGUCCGCCAUCAACCUCCGUCACCAACCCAGUUCUGGAGCCACUGGGAUCUUCUGUGUAUCUCCGGCAGAGAGAUCUUCUUCAGAAAUUCAGCGAAGAAAGCAGAGCGAGUGGGAGAAUUACAAGCAAUUCAUUGACGAGCUCACUUCAUCAUUCUCAAUUUCUGAAUCCAUGUAAGAAAAAGCUGUACAGGGGAGUGAGGCAGAGGCAUUGGGGGAAGUGGGUGGCUGAGAUUAGACUCCCUCAGAACAGAAUGCGAGUGUGGUUGGGCACUUUCGACACUGCCGAGGCUGCAGCUUAUGCCUACGACCGCGCAGCCUACAAGCUCCGAGGCGAAUACGCGCGCUUGAAUUUCCCCAACCUGAGGGACGCGAGCAAGCUCGGAUUCGGAGACUGCGCCAGAUUGAACGCUUUGAAGAGCUCCGUCGAUGCCAAAAUUCAGGCCAUUUGCCAGAAAGUGAAAAGGGAGAGAGCCCAUAAGACUACCAAAAGGAAGAGCACUAAUACCGGUGGUGAAGGUGGUGGUGGUGAAAGCACUGGCGGCGGUGAGAAGGCGGUGAAAGUGGAUUCAUCUCCUUCAUCAUCAUCGAUAACAGCAUCGCCACUAGUUGGUGGCGACACCCACAGUUGGGGUAGCGAAAUGCUGUCACCAAGCGUUUCUGAAGAUGAGUUCUGGAAAGGUGAGAACUCGCCGGCCUCUCUCUCCGCGGACGGCCCGAUGUUAGUGGGGGCCCUGGGGGCGGGGGAAACAGAGUCGGAAGGUUGCGCUCUGGCGAGGCUGCCGUCGUAUGACCCUGAGUUGAUCUGGGAAGUCCUUGCUAAUUAAGAAACAUCAUUUUCUUCUCUCAACCUCAAUCGUGAAUGUAAAUGGUAGUUUUGACUAUGAUGUAGUAGUAAAUUUGCUUUCUUGUCGUUUGUGUGUUUGAUUUUGGAGUAUCAAUUUAUGUAGUAGAAGUAUGUUAUUUACUAGGUGAUUGUAUGAGUUUUCUGGGGGUUUUUCUUUUGCCCGAUGCUUAGUUUGUUUUGUGACCUUUUUGGAAUGACUCACUGUUUGCCUUUGUGUUGA